GUUAUCAUGUGAUGAACAAAACAUACGCCGGAUACUGCGUAUUGUAUUGUUUAAUUUCCAUCAAAAAUUUCUUUUUUAAAACUAUGUAACGGUGUUAAAAAACAUGAACCCGAUGAUUAAUGUUGGCCGUACCCGCAAGGCAUCCCAGUUUUAAUCCUCUGCAACUCCUUAUCCUAAACUCCACUGAACCCUCCAACCAAAGCCCAACUCUUUGGGUAUCAUCGUCAUUUCAAGUCACAUUUCUAAUUACUAUCCCCACUUAAUGUGGGUUUCUAAAUAAAUAUAGCACACAUGACAUCCCGUGAUUGGUGGUUACUGGUUAGAAUUCUAGCGGCAUGUACACCACCUCUCUCUCUCUGUCUAAAAGUAAUCUCAGUAAAACCCUCUCUCACUGUCACUAAUCCAUCUCUGUCUUUCUACAUCCAUAAGCUCUCUCUGCUUCCUCUUUCCUCUCUCUCUCUGACCUCGGAGAGGAAGAAGCAGUCUUAGCUUAGCUCAGAGCCUCAGGCAGACCCAUUUCCAUGGCAUUACCUUUAGUUCUUCUCAUCCUCUCUUUCUCUCUCCUCACUCCCACAGAAUCCCGUGGCCGUGGUGGAAUAUCCCAUCGACUCACCCUCAACUACUACCAAAAAUCAUGCCCUAGAUUCGAACAGAUCAUGCAAGACACCAUCACCAACAAGCAGAUCACCUCCCCCACCACCGCCGCCGGCGCCCUCCGCCUCUUCUUCCACGACUGCCUCAUCGAGGGCUGCGACGCCUCCGUCCUUGUCUCCUCCACCCCUUUCAACAAGGCCGAGCGCGACGCCGACAUCAACCUCUCCCUCCCCGGAGACGCCUUCGACGUCGUAGUCCGCGCAAAGACCGCCCUCGAGCUCGCCUGCCCGGCCGUCGUCUCCUGCGCCGACAUCCUCGCCUUGGCCGCCCGGGAUCUCGUCACCAUGAUGGGAGGCCCAUUCUACAAUGUCAAAUUAGGCCGCAAAGAUGGGUUGAUCUCAAAAUCCUCUCGCGUCGAAGGGAAUCUUCCGAGACCCACCAUGUCUAUGACACAGCUGAUUCAGAUUUUCUCAUCCAGAAACUUCUCAGUUCAAGAAAUGGUGGCACUGAGUGGUGCUCAUACAAUUGGGUUCUCGCAUUGCAGUGAAUUUAGUGGAAACAUUUACAAUUACAGCAAGAAUUCGCAAUACGAUCCGAGUUACAACCCUCGCUACGCACAAGGGUUGAGAAGUGCUUGUGCUGAUUACCAGAAGAAUCCGAGCUUGUCAGUGUUCAACGAUGUGAUGACUCCGAACAAGUUCGAUAAUGUGUACUACCAGAACUUGGGCAAGGGAUUGGGGGUUUUGUCUUCGGAUCACGCAUUGUAUUUGGAUGGCAGGACGAGGCCUUAUGUGGAGAUGUAUGGGGCGAAUCAGAAGGCGUUCUUUGAGGCAUUUGGUCGAGCGAUGGAGAAGCUGAGCGUCUACGGUGUCAAGACUGGACGGCAAGGAGAGAUCAGGCGAAGGUGGAAAGAGGAGGAGAUGGUGUUAUCAAUUUACGAAAUGAAUAGAAAUUUAUAUAAUAGGAGUGGAGCAGGUAAUUACAGGAAAACUGAAAAGAUGCUCUCUUGAUUUUGGCUUUUCGAAACGAAAUUGUAUAUAUAAUAAAUGUUGACGUGGAUAGAUGAGUGCUUACGACAAAAAUUUGUUACAAGUAGCAACCCAUUCCACAGUGU